UCAUUAAAUAUCUGUCUGUCUGUGAGUUUAUACUGUUUAGUUCAGGGUUAGAUAGAAGUGUGAAAUGUCCAGAUCAUGUCUCUGUUUCAAAACCUGCUGCAUGAGUUACACAACCAUUAUAUUGUGUGUGUGUGUAUUUGCUUUUGUGUUUUCGUGUGUGUGUGUGUGUGUGUGUGUGUGUGUGUGUGUGUGUGUGUGUGUGUGUGUGGAGGUCUUCUAAUAGGGAAGUGUUUUUUGUGUGUGCGUGUGUGGAGGUCUUCUAAUAGGGAAGUGUUUUGUGUGUAUUUGUCUGUCUGUGUGUGUGUGUGUGUGUGUGUGUGGAGGUCUUCUAAUAGGGAAGUGUUUUGUGUGUGUGUGUGUGUGUGUGUGUGUGUGUGUGUGUGUGUGUGUGUAAGACACUUACGUGCUCAAGCUGACGUCCCUGAGCAGGCCGUGAGCCUGGGAGUCGAUUUAGUCAGAGAGUUGCGGGAAAUGCGGCGAGAGAUGUUGAACAUGUCAGCAGUGUUGACGAAGGUCGUUGCUGACUUGGAGGAUCUUGCAGUGAUACGUCGAUCGAUCACUGCCAUGGAGGCGAAGUUCACUGAUAUGGUCACAAGAGUGGUGGAUGUCGAGAAACGGAUCGAUUAUCUGGAGUCAUCGGAGAGGGAAUAAUCUGCUGAUCCGCUAGCGACCAAGGUGGAUUUGGAGCAUGUCUGGGAGAAGUUGGCGGAUUUGGAGAACCGUAGCCAGUGGAAUAACGUCCAAAUCGUCGGAAUUCCAGAGGGCGAAGAGGGUUAGGAUAUGGUGAAAUUCCUGGACAGGCUCUUUCCAAGUUUGCUUGAAAUAGCAGGCCAUAAACUGGAAAUUGAGCUCACAGGGUUCCUCCACGGAUCACCUAGCCGGGAGACAGGCCCUGAUCAAUUCUGGACAAAUUUCUGAGAUCAUCCGAUAAAGAUCAUGUGUUACACGAGGCGAAGAAUAAAGGAAAGCUUUCUUGAAAGAAUUUUCUUGUUCCCAGACUUUGUGAAUUCGACAAGAGAGAAAUGUGAUUGAUUCAAGGAAUGCAAGAAACUUUUACAUCAACAGAAGUUCGCUUUUUGCACUGAUGUUCCUGGCCAAAUUGAGAAUAGAUGCUAAGGAUGGCCGUAAAACAUUCACAUGCCCACAGCAAGCGAUGUCCUUCAUAAAGUCAAUGGAGUGAGUAAGUCAUCUGGUUGCACUCACAUUGCAGCUGAGUGGACCGGCUCACUGAACAUUCGCUUGACUGUUUGAAGAAUCUGCAUGCCUUUUUUCAAGCUGGUUCCACCUAUUGGCUGGAGUUUAUUUUGUAGAGCAACACACCUUCAGGACAGUUUAGUGGAUGAAGCAACAUGCUCUUUGUGUUUAUUCUGCCUAUUGGCUGGAGUUUGUUUUAUAGAUUAUCUUUUGCUGUGUAAUUCUGUCUCACAAAAUUGUGCAGAAGCACUGGACUCUAGCAAUCUGACAGCAAAGUUGUCGCAGGGGCUCUUGUAGGUGUGCAUGGACUGUUUGAGUUUAGAGGGAUGGACGCCAGAUGGUGCUGUCAAGCGUGGGGUUAAUGCACACGUUUUUCUUUUUUCUGUUUGUUUUGUUCCGGGGGAGUUCGGGGUAUGACUGUUGCACUAAUGUUGGAAUGUGGUCUUUAUAAUCUUGUUUUUGACACACAAUCUAUUUUUUCUUAUAUGUCAAAAUGUCAAAUGUUAAUAUGAGUGGAUUGUCUCUGUCCACAUGGAAUGUAAAUGGGUUGGGGCACCCCAUAAAAUGAUGGAAGGUUAUUUCUCUUAUUAAACGUAACAAAUAUGUUAUAGUGUUUCUUCAAGAAGUGCAUCUUUCAUUGCAGGAAGCUGAAAAAUUUGGGGAGAUAUGGGGUGGACAUGUUUCCUUUAGUGCUGGCUCAAGUAACAGCAGGGGAGUCAUUACAUUGAUAAGUAAACAUCUACAAUUCAAACGUCUCAAACAGGAUAGGGGGUAGCAUACACACCCCUAAAGUGGCAGAUACUCUGGGAGAGGUGAUUACUGCUUUUGGAAAAGGUCAUGAGGCAUCAGUGUAUUACUCCCUGUUAAUUCAGAGUCUGGGGGACGGAGCUUUAACUUCUAUCAAGAGAUUAUGGGAGAAAGAUUUAAACUUGGUGGAGGAGGGAGUGUGGGCUAGGAGUCUAAAAAACAUCAAGUCUGCAUCUAGAGAUGCAAGGGUGCACCUUUUACUUCGAUUUUACAAGAUUUUACAUCGAUUCUAUUUGACCCCCUCUAGAUUGUAUAGGCUGGGUCUUAAAGACACACCCACCUGCUGGCGAUGCCAAUCAGAAGAUGGGGACACAACCCAAGUUUAUUGGUGGUGUGUUAACAUCCAAGAAUUUUGGUUGAGGGUUCAGAGUUUUAUGUGUGAUAUAUUGGGCACUCAAAUUUCAUUUUGCCCCAGAAUCUGUAUUUUAGGUGAUGGGGCGGUGAUUGAUGUAGGGGAUAAGUGCAUAAAGAAUUGGGUUCUAGCCGGUGUUAUGAUCGGCAGACAGGUCAUCCUUAGGGGAUGGAAGUCAGCUGGAGUGCCCUCAUUUCAGUAGUGGUGCACAGAGAUGGGGAGGGUAGCAGCAUUUGAGGAGAUGGCAUGAAGAGGGCUAGGCAACUGGGAUAUGUACAUCAGGAAAUGGGGCGGCUAUUUAGCCUUUUCGGAAGGCUCUCGGGGAGGGGCAGCCCAGAGAGACUAGUGGUUUUGUAUGUGUGUUUUGCAACCUUUUUGUUUUUGAAAGUAUGCUUUUUAUGUUCUUUUUAUGUUUUUAAAAAAAUAUUUUUUAUGAUUUUCUGCUGUUUUAUUGUCUAUUUGUGUGUCUUUGGGGGGGUAAUGUUUGAGGGGAAAAGUUAUGAUUUCAUGUGGUUUGAUUUGCUGCAUGAAUCAAUAAAAAUUGUUAAUAACAAAACAACACUGAAGAAAGUUUCUCCCUCAAACCACAGACAAACAGAGAGAGAGAGAAAUCAGAAAUAAGGGAGGAGUCGUGACAUGCUGCACAAUGUGACAAUUCUCUCUCUCUCUCUGUGUAAUGAUGAGGACUCUUCAUCACAGGUUCAAGUUAAUGAGUUCUCCCAGUCUGAGUGAUUUGGGUCGGUCAGCAGCACCACCGGAUGACAGAAACAAUAAACAAUACGGAGCUGGAACUAACGCUACCUGGAACAGUAUCCACAAUGCCGUGAUCACUGUGUUCCAGCGGAGAGAUCUGGGAGAGUAUGAGCUGUACACACUGAAUGAAGGGGUCAGACAGCUGCUGAAAACAGAGUUGGGCUCCUUCUUCACAGAGUAUCUUCAGAAUCAACUGUUGACGAAGGGAAUGGUGAUUCUACGCGAUAAGAUUUGCAUUCAUGAGGGUCAGAAGCUGCUGGAUUCUCUGUCAGAGACGUGGGAUUAUUUCUUCUGUGAUGUUCUGUCCACACUGCAAGCGAUCUUCUACCCUGUGCAAGGGAAGGAGCCGUCUGUCAGACAGUUAGCUCUUCUGCACUUCAGGAACAUCAUCACUCUGAAUAUAAAACUGGAUGAAGCUUUGAGUCACCCAUGUGCUCGUGUGCCGCCGUCAAUCAUUCAGAUGCUGCUCAUCCUGCAGGGUGUUCAUGAGUGUAAGAAUGUGUCGAGUGAUUAUCUGAAGUUGGAGUCUCUCAUUCAGAAGGUGGUGUCGCCGUAUCUGGGAACACACGGUCUUUUCUCCAGCGAUGGGUCCAUCACGCAGUGCUCGUGUGUUCUCGAGAAGCGUCUGCUGCGACAGUUGCCACGAUCCAGCGACUCACCAGCUAAGAAUCCCGUGGUCCGCUCCAAAAGCUACAACAUUCCCAUGCUGACGCCCGUGACCGAAUACGACUCUGACAGCAGCACGGGAAUCCGCCGGCAUUCCGUGUGUCAGAUGACUUCAUGUCUGGAAGAGCCCGUGUUCUUGGAGGUGCCGUCCAGUCUGGUGACGGUGGAGAAUUGUGAAGAAGCCGGCCCUACUGCAUCUUCUCCACCCAUAUUCCCAGAGCUCUACUGCGACAGCGGACGGAACGCAUCCCCCCACCACAGUCGUCCUUCCAGUCCAGAGACAGUCCUGGAUCAGAUUCUGGAAUCUCUGGACUCGGACACGGAGGGAAUCUUUAUCGACUUUUGCCGGCAGCGGCCUUGCUCGUCUGAUUUCAGCUGUGAGAGCGACACAUAAUUGUCCUUCACACUUAAAGAUGUUGUAAGCGAUUUUAGCCGUUCUACUUCCAUGAGACUGAGCUGUUGGAUUAGCCACGCCCCCUCUUUCCAAAACCCCACCCUCUAAAGAUAACAACUGAGCUUUACUGGAUCAACAUUGUGCAGAAACGGUUGUUAAAAACAACAGCAGCAAAAUAGCGCCCUCUACUGUUAUGAGCAACAUGGCAUAAAAAUGGCAUUAAGCCUCAAUAAUUCGCUGAAACUACAAUACUAUGAGAAUGCGCAAAAUGAUUGACAGGCCGUAAGUGUGAGAGACCGCAGACACAUUUUUGUUUGUUGUUUACAGAGUCUAAAGCUGUCACAGAGACCGGUGAGAUAUCUCACAACACUUAUUACAUUAAUAUCAUUCAGGGAGAAGGAUGUUUUUUUAAAUACUUUUCCAUGAAAAAAAUCACUUACAGCACCUUUAAUUCUCAUCAUGGGAUUAUUAAGGGAAUUUCUUUCUUCAACAAGAGUGUGUUCAGAAUAGUGUUCUAGCAUACUACUCGUGCUGUAUCUCCAGUGUACUAGAUGUAGUCUAUACUCUUUUUACAGUUUAGAAGUGUUUCACAUUUGGUAUUGAUGAUUGUUAACAUUUUUUUUAACUCUUCAAUUGAUCGAACUUCUAAGAGUUUUGCGCAAAAUUGGAUUUCAAAUGCAAAAUAAGUGUUUUUAUUGGUGAGAUGAUAACAUGCAAUGACAGCAAUGAAUGUGUUUACAUGCACAGUCUUAUACCGAUUAUGCUUAAUACACUGACAUAAUGUGGUCAUGUAAACGCCUAAAACAUAUUAAACGUAUGCACAAGUAUAUUUCUGCCAAUUGCAUAUAAACAACUUAACCAGCAUUCUUGCCAUCUUAUGCAGUGUCUGCAAGUGCUGUCCGCUUUGACGUGUGUUAAUGUUUGACAUUAAAAGCAGAGGAUCAUCUGAUGAUUUUCAUGUAAAGGUAGUUUUCUUGUGCUUUCAGAUUCUUUGAAUAAACAGAUUUUUGUGCAUAUUGCUGUACAUGCAAACACACUCACUGUAACUAUUGUGGGAAAUAUGUUGAAUAUUGCAUACUAUAUACUUUUUUCUUUAAAAUACUAUGCAGUGUAGUGUGUAGUAAGCAUUAUGCUAGUAUUCCAUUCUGAACUCCACAACUUGAAUUAACAGUGAUGUUCUGCACACAGAGGAAAAUAUAAACUUUGACUGAAUAUGAGAAAUAUGAAAUGUGUGAAUUAUGAGAAAUAAUCUAAAGUGCAAUCAGUAUAAAUAAUGCAUAAAUGAGUGUUCAAAUUUUAAACAACAAUUUAGUGAUAACAUUUGUAUUAAUUUUCAAAACAAAGAAAAACAAAACAUAUAUAUAAUGAUUCAACAUUAACUCCCACUACUUCCCCUCCCCAAUCAAGAACCCCACCCCAAACGAACAUCCCAGUGGUAAGUACACACAUUUACAGAGAAUAAAAUAAUACAUAAAUAUAUAUAUAUAUAUAUAUAUAUACAGGUGCAUCUCAAUAAAUUAGAAUGUCGU